GGAGUAAUUAAGUGAUUCAUGACAUGUAUCCCGACAUUCUUACUAAGUUAACAGUGCUGGUGUCCGACAGCCCUUCCGAGUCUCUAUUCUCAGUUCUGAGAAUGCUAUAAAGUCUUCGACCCAUUCACUGAUAUCUGCAUAGAUUCAACAUCCCUCGCUCAUAACCACAUAUGUCUCAGGUUGCGGAAAUCCAAUACCACCACCACGGGCGUUUCCGUCUUGCAGGUGGUGUACUGCCUGAUGCCAUCACUGCAUACCAGACAUUCGGCGACCCAAAGAAUCCGGUUAUCGUAUUUCCUACAUGUUAUAAGGGAAAGCUUGACAGUCAAAGCUACAUGGUAGGGGAAGGCAAGGUUUUGGAUCCGCGCAAGUACUAUGUAGUAACCAUUGCCUUAUUUUCCAAUGGAGAGGGUAUGCUACAUGAUUCUUCUUCACCCUCUAACACGCCUGCGCCAUUCAACGGCCCCUACUUCCCUACCGUCACAUAUGAAGACAACGUCCGGGCACAGUACGCUGUGCUCACUCAGAAGCUUGGUAUCAAGAAAGUAUUCUGUGUGAUUGGAUUUUCAAUGGGCGCGCAGCAGGUAAAGGCGUUCGUAAAGAGUAACGAUAAUUUUGCUGAGCCAUUGCAGGCAUACCAUUGGUCUGUCAUGUAUCCUGACUUCCUUGAAAGAUACAUCGCCAUCUGUGGAUCUGCUCGAACUAGCCCUCACAGUCAAUGCGCCCUAGAAGGUCCUAAAGCCGCUCUUUCAGCCUCAAAAGACUUCCAGGAUGGCCACUGCAAGAGCACUCCUCAGCACGGUAUACGGGCAUUUGCGCGUGCAUUCAGCGCAUGGGCACAUAGCCAGGCGUGGUAUGCCAAGAAAGGCUAUCUCUUCGACGGAAGGUCUGGGAAGGCGGAUCUUCUAGAAUGGGACGCCAACGAUUUAUUGACACUCUUGAACACAUGGCAAAUGGGGGAUGUUUCUCUCAUCCGUGAUGGAGGUCACUUCGAGGACUGUCUAGGAGCGAUCAAGGCUAGAAGUCUGAUCAUGCCUUGCAAGAAAGACCUGUUCUUCGCUCCGGAGGACAGUCAGAAUGAGAUGCAAUUCUUGAAUAACGCAAAGCUAGUCAUUAUCGAUUCUGAGUGGGGUCAUAUGGCUGGGGCAGGGUUAAACGUGCAUGAUGAUGAGUUCAUCCAAGCAGAGGUGAAGAAAUUUUUGGAGGAACCCUGAGUUCUACUUGGUGUCAAUGAGUGUUGUUCUCGUGUUUAGUAACUCUGUUGGCUGUUUUACGGUUCUAGGGACCUCAGUCUCGAAAAAGUUCGAUGCCACAUAUGUAGUUAUGAAAAGUGCUGUAUUUGUUUUGUAUUCAUUGGUGUCUGCGAGACCUACGAGGUGCCAACAAAAGUUGAGGUGUCUGGCC